AUGCCGUGUGGUGAGCACCAAGUAGUUCAAGUUUAUCCCGAUAUUCUGAAAGAUGUCUUGGAUAACACGUUCUUUGGAAUGAUAGAAUGUGAUAUUGCUGUUCCUGAACAUUUAAAGGAAUGCUUUGCUGGAAUGCCUCCCAUAUUCAAGAAUGUUGAGAUUACAUGCAAUGAUUUAAGCUUUGACACAGGCACAUGCCAAACCAGAUUACAAAAAGUCCGAGAUACAAGUCCUGGUUAUAAAUUACGUGGAGAAAUGAUGAAGUUGAUGGGAAAGUCUUCCUAUGGUAAAUGCAUCACAGAUUUCUUGAAGCACGAGACAGCCAAGAUUGUUACUGGAGAUAACUACAUCAAAAACAUUAGAAGGAAUAAUUACAUUGAACAUCAAGACAUGAACAAAGGAUGCGAGUUUCGUUUCAAAAAGAUGUCGUUCAAACAAAGUUUACUUAUUCAUAUUAGAUUUCAAGUGUAUCAAUUAGCGAAACUACGAGUGCUUCAAUUUUACUACGACUCUAUUGAUUAUUCCAUUGACAAAAGUGAUUAUCAGUACUGUAUGAUGGACACUGAUUCAGCUUACAUUGCUAUAUCUGAUGAAUCGUUAGAAGUCAUAAAACCAAGCUUAAAAGAUGAAUUUAAAAAGGAUCGGCAUCUGUGGUUGGAAAGAGACGAUACCAUUGAGAAUAAGGUGUAUGACAGCAGAACACCGGGUCUGUUCAAGUUGGAAUAUGAAGGAAACUGUAUUAUAUCAUUGGCCAGUAAAAUGUACUAUUAUGAUGAAAACAAAUUCAGUUCAAAAGGGAUUAACAAGGAACAAAAUGAAAUCACAAAACAAAAGUAUGUGGAUGCUUUAAAAGAACUAAAGAAAAAUUACAAAUACUACCAACUCAAAAAGAUUAAAUCAUCAGAGACAUUUACUGUAGAACAAGUUGAAAGAGAGCGUCCAAUGACAAAUAUACAACGUCGAAAUAAGAGAGAAUUAGACGAACUGGAAAGACUUGAAGAACCUGAGAGCAAGAAACGAAAGAAUUACAGCGACUAUUUACAAUGCGUCAAGAAUUGGGAUUCCUAUUCUACUGAACAACAAGAACAGCUAAAGAAAUGGUACAGAGAUUACUAUUCUCAAAACAAGGAAUCCGAAAGACAGAGAUACCGAACUUAUUAUGCUCUACAUUCAGUUACUGAAAGAGAACGAUUAAACAAGUAUAAAAAGCCAAAGAACUAA